AUGGCUUCUACCUCCACUAACGGCGCCGCCGCUGCCUCCGCUGGCGCUUCCACCUCCACCACCGACAUGACGUCGCGCGACUACUACGCCGACUCGUACGCCCACUUUGGCAUCCACGAGGAGAUGCUCAAGGAUGAGGUGCGCACCCGUUCCUACCGCAAUUCGAUCAUCAACAACCCGCACCUGUUCAAGGACAAGAUUGUGCUCGAUGUCGGUUGCGGUACCGGUAUCCUGUGUAUGUUCGCUGCCAAGGCUGGCGCCAAGAAGGUCAUCGGUGUCGACAUGUCCAACAUCAUCGACCAGGCCAAGAUCAUCACCGAGGUCAACGGAUUCAAGGACACCAUCACGCUGAUCAAGGGCAAGCUCGAGGAGGUUGACCUCGGACUGGGUCCCAACGGCAAGGUGGACAUUAUCAUUAGCGAGUGGAUGGGUUACUUUUUGCUCUACGAGAGCAUGCUCGACACGGUGCUCAUGGCAAGAGACAAGUACCUCGCACCGGGCGGAAUGAUGUUCCCAGACAAGGCCACCAUGUACCUCUCGGCAAUCGAGGACCAGGAGUACAAGGACGAGAAGAUCGGAUUCUGGGAUGACGUCUACGGCUUCAACUAUUCGUGCAUCAAGGACAUUGCGCUCCGCGAACCAUUGGUCGACACGGUCGACAUCAAGAGCGUCGUCUGCGACCCAUUCCCCAUCAAACAGCUCGACCUGCUCACCGUCACCAAGGAAGAGUUGAGCUUCGAGUCCGACUUUACGCUCAACGCAACACGCGACGACUACGUACACGCUUUCCUCGGCUGGUUCGACAUCAGCUUCGACGCAUGCCACAAGCCGGUCCAGUUCAGCACGGGACCACACUCGCGCUACACCCACUGGAAGCAGACUGUCUUCUACACCAAGGAUGUACUUGCUGUCAACCAGGGGGAUGCCAUCACGGGUAGACUGGUGUGCAAGCCUAACGAGAGGAACAACCGCGAUCUCGAUAUCACGAUCGACUACCAGGUUCAGGGCGCUACUGCAUCGUCGGGUCGCAUGGAGUACAAGAUGUCCUAG